AUGGAAGCUCCCCUUUUCCUCCAGUUAUGUGACUUGUUGCUUGAUAGGGGCUAUUGGGAGCCCCACCCGACACAAUGGGUGGGAAUUGAUGAGUCUGUUGCCAUUUGCCUUCUGUGUUUGAAUUAUAAUGAGCGACAUAGGGUGCUAGCCGAGAGAUUCCAACAUUCUUCCGAGACAGUGGACCGCCAUCUACGACGCUGCCUUCGAUCUCUCGUUCGAUUGGAACGCGACUUAGUCAGACCGAUAGAUUAUCACAUAAUUCAUCCAAGAAUACAGAACAAAGCACUGUUCUGGCCCUGGUUUAAGGGUGGAAGGGUAGCGCACAUGAUUCCAGGAUCUUACGAGAUGUUUUACUUGAUCCUAAUUGUGCCUUUCCAUGACUACCAGCAGUAUUACGCGGUGGACACGGCAUACACAAAUAUGUCAGGAUUUAUGACUCCCUUUAGGGGUGCACGGGGAACCCAUCAAGAGCGGGCAGCGCGAGCACUUUUCAACAGAUGCCAUGCAUCGUUAAGAAACAUUAUAGAACGCACGUUUGGUGUCUUGAAGAAGCAAUUUCCGAUAUUUAAGGGUCUCAUGCAUAACUAUUUAAUGGCAACACAAAAUAAUAUUGUCCUGACUUGUUGUGCCUUGCACAACUUCAUGUGCGAUCAUGUUCCCAAUGACGUAUAUUUUGUUGAAGAAGAAGCAGAUGGAGCAUUGGCAGAUAAUAUAAACCCCUUCAACCAAAUGGCCAGAGCACAACAACUAGAUAUGUCGACUCAAGGAAUUGCUGGCUGGAAUGAAUAUAGGAGAGCAAUAGCCGAUCACAUGUACUAUCACCAACAUUUGUAG